AUGGUGCAAUUAGAAUUAAGAAAAAUGUUAGCUGUCUCAGCAGAUGAGAUGAACGAACAGGAUCUAGAUCAAUGGUACAAGGAGGUAACUUUAACUGAAUGUACUCAACUGGAUUUUAACAUGAAUCAAAAACAGUGCGAAAACAUGUUUAAAAUUUUUAGGCGAAUAUUGAUGUAUAAAGGAGAACAAGUGAGAUGACUAUAAAACUAUUUAAUAAUUAUUAAUUACUAAUUAUUUAUUAUUUCAUUUUCAAAUUUUAAGGUCGAUUCAUUGAUGACUGAAAUCGAAGAUUUAGCCACUAAACAAGGUGAAGAGGAAGCAAGAAAAUUGAAAGAAGAAGAAAUGAGAUCAAUUAAUGUGGAUGAUUUAUCACAAAAUGAACGUAUGUCAUUUUACAUAAUUAAUUUAAAAAUAUAAUAUGUUAAAAAAUUAGAUUUUGGUACGAUAUAAUAAUGCAUACCUAAGCCUAUAUAUAUUAUAAAGUGUAAAGUACACCUAAUAAAAAGAUGGACAUACUUUACACAAUGGAUAGGCCACUGUUGUGGGUGAGAAGCAAGAAAGAUAGGAAUUUAAUGUAUUUCUGUAAGCAACAAUAAACCAUUGCUUACGAAAAAACGAUUCUGAGCGGAGUUCAGUUGAUAGUGAAAUCAACAAUAUAUAUAUGUCAUUUUAUAGUUAAAAAUAAUUAAAUAGGCUUUAUAUAUUUUCUUUAAUAAAAUUUGUUUAAUGUUGUACCGAUUUUCCCAAUAUUCCUACGUUUUUCUCGAUUUUUUCAAAUUUGCUGGGAAAACUCUUAGAAAAAUGACCUCUUUAAAGUACCUCGCAAGUGAAAUUUUCUUUUAGAAACAUUGUUAUCAUUAAAAGUUGGAACAAAAUUGCUGGUAGAAAAGUUGUACACAGAAAAAAAGAAGGCCGUAAUAUGAUACCUACAUUUCUUGUUUUUUUUUUGUUUUUCAAAUUUGAUGAGAAAACUCUUGAGAAAAUCGACAAAAUACCUCCCCAUACCGAUUUCCUUUCAGAAAAAGUGUUACACGUAGAAGUCUUCUGGUAGAAAGGUUGCGCAGAUAUAGAAAAAAAAAAAACAUCUUUGUAAAACCAUAAACUUCUUCGUUACACUCAGAAUCUAUUUAAGAACCUUAGAAUAGAGUUUUAUAUUUAUACAUAAUAACAAAUACAUAUAGGUUAGGUAUACGGGGGUGGUGAAUUGGCUGCUUAAUAAAUUGUUCACAGCAAAUUGUCCAGAUAUCAAUUUAUUUAUUUAUCAAACUAUUAUAUGCUAAUAUACAAGUGUAAGCAGAGGCGGAACUAGGAUUUUUUAUGCCCAGGAAAAAUAUUAAAAUUAUGCACAAUCAUAUAACAACAUGUAAAUGACAAACGGCAAAAUAAAGUGUUUAUAAUUAUGGUAAUUAAUUUUGUACUAUUUUUAUCCUCAUCGCGUAUCAUUGUCGUGCGUCAACGAUAACGCGGCUAAAGUUCAUAUUUAUGUACAUUAUUUUGCAAAAUAUUUACUUUUUCGGUUGAAUACUUUAAACACCACACAAUUAAUACAAAAAAUACGUAAAUAUAAAAUUUUAUAUCUGCUUGUUUGUUAAAUUGUGAAAAAAUUAUUUUCAAAAAAAAGUCGAUAUUUUGCGAAAUAAUAAGUGUAUAAUGAUAAAAAAAAUCACUCUGUUUAUAUUAUAUUUAUAUUUAUUAUUCAUAUACGUUUAUGGGUUUAUGUUUUAUGCAUAUAUUAUUUUUAUUAUUAGUCUGUAAUUUUGUAAUCUGUCUGUAUGCAGUAUGUACUGUCCACCAUCAACGUACGCCGAUUGCGCUGUAUCAGAUUAAUAAGAUAAUGACGAUUAAUUAUUUUAGGCUGUGUAUGAUUUUAUCUUUUUGAUUUUCAUUCCUUCGAACGUGGCCAUCACCACAUCAUAAACAAAUAAUGUGAAAUAAAAAUGUUUUUCUAAUUUCUAACAUCAAACACUAAAUAUAAGCUCACAAAUAAAUUACGCCCAGGGAUUAAUCCCGGGUUUCCCCACCCCCCUAGUUCCGCCUCAGAGUAUUAGUACACAUCGAAUGGGUUCAUUUCGAAGUUAAACAAACGUUGAAAUAAUUAAAUAUAGAUAACUGUUAGUGUUUGAGAGGAUCAUGGAAGUAAAUUCGAAUAUUUUUUAGAUACAUGACAAAAUGAAUUAGUUUUUUUUAGUUUGAAAAAUAUUACAUUUUCUACUUAUAUUUUAAUUGAUAUUAGAAUUUAAUAAAUAUUAUGUAUACUUAUGCAACAAAUGUCCUAUGUAUCUAUAAAUGUUUAAUAGGUAUAUUGUACAUCCUAGUACAUAUAUAUAUAUGUAUUAAACAGUUGAUUAACACUGAUUGAAUCAAUCAAUAGAUACUAAAUACUAAUUAAUUAUACUAAUUCAAAAUUAGAAACAGAAUUAAUCCGAAAAGAGUUGACUAGACUAGAAUUGGAAAAUGAACGUUUAUUAUCAGAUGUUCAACAACAAAAGCAAGAAGUGGAUUUUAAAGUUAAAGAAAUUGAUAAGGUUGGAAACAAAACUUAUAUUUUUUUAAUAAUUUUUAAAAAUCAAAUCACAAUGUAAAAAUGCAAUAGAUAUUUUCGCAAUUAUCAAAAGUUGAAACUGAAAGAGAUUUACUUCGGCGAGAACUCGAUGCUAUACAAGACGAAAGUUCUGGGCAUCAACUUGAUGAUCACCCACUUGAAGAUAAUUUAAGCAUGGCGGAAAGAUUUAGGGAUCUAACAGAAUCAGUCAGGCAAAAGAAUCAACAUAUUACACAAAUACUUAACGAUAUUGAAGUAAUUAUACCUAAUACCUAUUGACAUUUUAUUUAGCAAUCUAUUUUGCUAAUAAUGAUUUUAAAAAUACUAAAUCUUAUUUAAUUAAUGUUAUUUUUUAAACUUAAUUUUAUAAAUAUAUAUUAUUUUAGUCGUCAGAAAAGGAAAAUAAAAUGUUAAAACAAUUGUUAACCAACACAAAAACUGAACUUCAAAAUGCUACAAUACAUUUAAACACAUUAAGUGCCGAAUUUGGAAAUAUGAAAUGUUUACAAGAUGAAUAUAUAGGUAAAAAUUAAUGUUUACUUUAAUACAUAGGUAUUAAACAUGAAAUCACCAUUGUCGAAAUAUAUGAUAGGCUAAUCAAACUAUAAUUGUACAGAUAGAAUUAAAACAUUAGAAUUGAAUGACAAAGGUCUACGGAAUCAAAUUUCUGAAUUGGUGACCGAAAAAGAAAGAUGUGAAGAACAAAUUGAAGAACUAGGAGAAGAACUUGAAUCCAGAAUAAAACAAUUAAUGGUGAAAUAUUAAAUUUAUUUAUAAGGUCACAAACAUAUUAAUAUCAUUAAUAAAUAUUAAAGGAAUUAUUGUCAAAAAAAGAUGAAGAAAUCACUAAUUAUAAAUCUCGAAUAGGAUCAACAGAUUCAAUUGCAAAUCAAAAUGCAUAUUUAGCAAAACUACAAGAAGUAAUAAUACGAUUAAUCAGCAUUAUGUAUACAUAGGGUUAAAUUUAAAUUAAAUGUUACAAUCAUUUUUUCUUCAUGUAUGCAAAAUGUAUAGAAAAAUAGUAUUAUAAAUAUAGUAAUGAUAUAAUAUAAUAAUAAAUUAUAAUUUUUUGAAUUAAGGGCAUUGGAAGCAAUGAUUUUCUGUUUUUGUUUUACAUAUGUGCAAUGUAAGCAUUUAGAUAUGUUCUAUUUCCAAUGUACUCAUUGGUCUUAUGAAACGAUACAAAUUAUGAAAUCAGAUUUGAAUUUGUCAUUAUUUUUAAAUUUUUUAUUAUGGCUUUUUUAGUAUUUAGGUAAUCAAAUCAAAAAUUUGAAAGUUAAUUUCAAAAAGACUUGACAACAAAUUCAAAUCUGUUUUCAGAAUUUUUGUCUUUUCAUUUUACCAAUUAAUAAAUUGGAUAUAGAACACGACUAAAUUCCUAUGUUGCAUGUGUAUAAAAUAGAACACAAAAAAUUACCGCUUCCAAUCCCCUCAACAAAUAUUUCUAUUUUUUUUUAAUAUUUAAUCUGAACUUCUUUUUACCCAUUUAUUUAAUAUAUAUAUAUAUAUAUAUAAUUACGUUUAAUUGUACACACAUUUAAAUUAAUUAAAAUAUAAAUUAAAAGACUGUAGCUAGACAAGAAGAUCAAAUAAUGGAAUUUCAGAAACAAGUCCAUCAGGCAACUAAUGAUCUGAAUAGAAGUUCAGCUGCACUUGAACAUCAAAAAAUAUUACAUACUGAACUGUAAUAUAAAUAUCACAUCAAAAUUAAAUAUUUAUACACAAUUUAAUUUAUAAUAUUUACAGACUUCAAAAAUCUAAUGAAUCCCCUGAAUUAAAAGAUUUACGCACAAAAUUAUCAAAAACUCAAAAGCAGUUAGAAUUAGCUUUAGACAAGAGUCAAAAAGCAGAAGAAGAUGCAACAGAGAAAGCAGAACAAGUAAAAUUUUAUAUAGUUUAUUGUAUUAUUAUUUUAUGUUAUGAUCAAAGUAGAAAAUUGGUCAAUGUUAAAAAUGGUUUUAAGAUUAAAUUUUAAUGUAAAAUCAUCAAAAGUACAGCAUUUCAUAACAUAUACAUCCAAACUUUGCUGAGAAUGAUACAGAUAUAAAUUAAAUAUAUUUAUGUAUUCUACCUUGUCAACUCCCCACUUACAACAGUGAUACAUUCAUCUUUAAUAUCAAUUCACUUUUACACGAAGCAUGAGAUUUAUUGGCUUUAGUAUGUGAUUUUUUUUUUAGUCUGUAAAUAACUUAGCUUAAAAAAUAUAGCUAAUAGUUUAGAAGAACCAAAAAACACAACUUACAAAUAUUAUUCUAAGCAUUUUUUUAUUCUGUUAUACUAAAUUUAGAGUAAUCAUCUAUAUCAUAGUACUCAUAUAUAAUCAAUAUUUAUUUGUUUUCAUGUGAAAAAAGGAUUCUGACUACAUCUCCUAUUUUGUUUAUUAUAUUUAUAAAUGAUAUGUUUAAAUCAAGUAAUUUAAUAUUAAUUAUUUGCUGACAACCUAAAUAUCUAUCAACCAAUUAAUUCAAUUGAAGACUCAGACCAGUUAAAAAAUUAUCAAGAUAAACUUUCGACAUAGUGUAUUCAAAGCGGUGUUUUAGUAAACCCUUCUAAGUGUAAAUAUGUUUCAUUUACGAGUCUAAUAAAUAAAACUAUACAAUAUAUAUAUAUAUAUAUAUAUAAAAAUAAACCAUUUUGAAUUACAAAUUUCAUUUACUAUAUGAGAUCUAAAUAUACUACUGUUCUCUGAUCUCACAUUUAAUAUUCAUAUUAAUGCUAUCUAUAUAGCAAAGCUCUACAGGCCAUUGGCUUUAUAAACUAAAACUGUUCCGAAUUUAAAAACAUUAACAGACUUAGGGUAUUAUAUUGCUCUAUGGUCAGGGCCAUAUUAUAAUUUGCAUUAGAAAUUUGGAAUCCUAAACAAAAUUAUCUUAUCAACAAAAUUGAAAGAGUUCAACAACAUUUUAUACAAAUUAGGUUUAGUAGAUAUCCCUCUAGAUAGCUGAACUGUAUAAUUUGAUUUAGGAUUAUUAGUCUCUAUAUAGAUAUAACUUUUUAGCUUUUAUUCAUAAAUUAAUGAACAAUAAACUAUCUUGCCCAGAAGUUAUUAUAAAGAUUAACUUUAAAAUUCAAACUUUCAAUUCAAAAAAUAAUUGCCCUUUCUUAGUUCCAAAAUGCUUAACAAAUAUAAUUAAACAUAAUCCAGAGUAUCACCUUUUAGAUGCUUGUACUUAAUUUGAUUUUUCUUUUGAUUCACAAUUUAAAUUAAAAAAUAUAAUAAUGAAUAAUAGUUAAACUUACAUGUAAUGAUUGUAUAUUUAUUUCAUUUUUUAUUCCCUUUAUUUCUGCUAAAAUAUUUAAUAUUUAGAUCUAUACUAUGUAAACUUUUGUACAUCUAUAUAACAGUAUUGUAUACUAAUUACCCAUUUAGGGUGUUAAAACUUUAAAUAAACAAAAAAAAAUAAACUGUAACUGUUCAAUAAACAAGCAAACAGUAGUUAGUUAACUCGUUGGGAGCUUAUAUGUUACUUUGUUAAUGUGUUUAAUUAUAAUAUAUUUUAUUAUUAUAAUUUUUUUUUUUUUUUUUUUUUAAUAGAUAAGCAAAUUAAUAAUACGCGUUCGUGAAUUUGAAUCUGGGGAAUAUGGUUUAGAAGAAGCAAUGGAAGAUAUAAGGAAACUAAAAAAAGAAUUAAAUACACGAGACAAUCAAAUAAAAGAACUAAUAGAGUCAAGUAAUCAACUUCAUCAGGAAGCUGAUCUUUUAGAGCAGGACAACUUAGCUAUGAGGGAAAAAUUAGGUUUGUCUGUGGACGAUGUUGUAAGACCUAAAGGCAUGAUGGCUAGACACAAAGAAGCAUACACAAAAAUAACUACUUUACAGAAAGAACUUGAUGACUGCAAGGAAAUAAUUGUCAAUCUUAAAUUAAAAGUAUGUGCUUAAACAGUUUAAUCUUUCAUACAAAAUAUAUAUACAUAUAUUAACCAUGCAUUCUCUUACACACAAAGCAAGUUAAUUUUAUUGACCAAUUGUGUAUAUAUUACUGAUUUAUCGCUUGAUAAAAAAUUAUUUUAUCCCAAUUUCAUAAUAGUUCUAAAGCUAAAUUAUUAUUUAUAAGCAAGUCCAUUACUUCUAAGGCACAGACAUACUUAGCAGCAAGUUAUGGUUUAUAUUGUCUAUCUGGGUGACAAGAAAAGAAAUUUUCCUGAUAUCCUUAAUAAUUCUGACAUCAAGUUACCAAAUGUUUCUUUUAUUCUUAAUCAUUAUACUUCUCUUUUUGCUAUCUCAUCCAUCUUUUCCUUUAUAUUGUGUAACCAGUCACCACAGAAUAUAAAAAGACAAAUAAUUUAAUGAGACAAAUUUAUCAUCUUACUAUUCUAUGGAUUGUACUUUCAACAAAUAAUACACUCUAUGUACUUGUGCAGGCUUAGAUAAUAAAGUUCAAUAUAAUAUUAAAAGUACCCAUUAAAAAAUUUAACUUAAAAAUCUAGUUUCAGGGUGUUUUCAGUACUCCCACUGUCUGCUAAUACUCAAAAAAUUUAAACCAGUGGGUAACAGAUUUGGAUAUAUAUCUAUACUUAUAUCAGACAUUUAGGAAAAUACCUUCAUUUAUUAUAUUAGGUUGAUAUUAAUAUUAAUUAAAACAUAUUUUUAUUUCAGAAUCGUAGUUUGAGUAAAUCUACUGACUCUGUUAAAUAUAUUUCAUCAAAAGAAAAGGAUAUUAUAGAUAAUACUAUACAAUCUGAAAUGUCUAAACAAGAUGUAGAUAUUGGAUCAGAACUUGAAGACAAUGUAAAAGAGUUAAUCGAGGAAAAUGAAUCCCUUCGGAAAGGAAUGCAUGAAAUACUUGAUAGUGUACAUAAUCAGGAUGGUAUUAAAUAUUUUAUUUAUACUUUUUUAAGAAAUAUGUGCAUCCUAAAAAUUAAGGGUUAUAAAAAUUAAAAAAAUAUUGAAAAAAAAUGUGCGAAGUUAAAUUUUAAUUAGCACAUUUUUUUAAUUAAGUUAAAUUUUAAUUAAUAUAUUUACUGUUAAAUUUAUUGUAAAAAAUAAAUAAUCAUUACCUAAUAACUAGGAUCGAGUGUUGUACGAAUUGAAUGUCAAAGCUUGGAGAGACUUUUAGAAGCUAUGGACGCUAGACAUGUAGCUGGUUGGUAUCAACCUGGCAUGAGACUAUUAGCUCGAAUCAAUAAUUUAGAAGGAGUAAACUCUAAUUUAAGACACCAACUUCAUUCAUUACAGUAAUUAUAACUUAUUUGAAAUUUUAAAAAAUAUUAUACAUUUCUAUGUACUUAUAAUGAAGUAUAUAAUAUAGUGACUCAUUAACUGAAACCAAACAACAGCUUAUUAAUAUACAAAAUGAAGAAAAACACAAAAAAUGUAAUGUAACUGAAGAAGAAAAAGACGAUGAACUUUCAAAUUGUCUUAAAGAGGUUAAGUUACAGACAUUUAUUUAAAAGUUUCAUUUUCAAUACCUAAUGUUCUUAUAUAGUUACAGAACGAGAGGGAAAAAUCUCAUGCUCUAGAAGAAGAAAUCAAAUUAUUUCAAAAUAAAUUUCAUCAAUUGCGAGAUGAAAUGAAAUUAUUAAAUAAUGAAUAUGAUAAUGAAAAACAUAAAAUGCAAUCAUUAGUAGAUGAAUUAGAGACAAAACUAAAAACAAACUGUGAUAAAGAAAACGAUUUAAGAAAACAAUUAAUUGAAUUGGAAUCAUCAUGGAAAACAAUGCUAGAGGAUCCUGAUGAAAAUAAACGUCAGUUAUCUCAUAAUAUUAUAAAGUAAGAAAUAUAUACAAAAAUUAUAAACAAACAAAAAUACGUAACUAUUAAGUUCACUGUUUUGAGUAGGUACUACAAUCGCUCAACAUAGGUACUAUUUUCAUGAUACACUGAGCCUUGAUUAAUAUCACUUGAAUAAAUUGUUAUGUAUACUAACAUUGGUGAAAUGGUGAAUGUAAAAAAAAGAGCUGAUACUGAGGAUGAGAGUGGUUAUUGUUUGUAGGUGAAAAGUUGGGAAGGUAGGAUACAUAAUAUUAUAUCAUUUAUAUCUCUAAGCAACGGUAAACCAUUGCUUGACGAAACAGGAUUUCGAGCGCAAUUCGGUUAAAUAUAAUUUUUGCAAUUUUCGUUUAAAUUUGAUUUCAAAAUACGCGUAUUAAAAAAAAGUCAUCCGGUGAUUUUGGAAAUUUUACCACGUCUAGGUGAGUCCAAUAUAAAUAUUAUUAUAAAGUUUCAAAUCUCUACGUGUAUUUAUAACCGAAUUACAGCAAAAUAAAUCUCAACAAUUAAAAUUCCUUCAAAGUUCAAAAGUGACUCAUAAGUUUUGGCGUAAGAAAGUAAAUCGAAAAGGCAAAAAAAAAGUGUCUAGUAAUUUUUCGAUUAAAUUAUUUAUUCUAGUAGAAAAUGUCUGUUUUUAUAAAAUUAUAAAAUUGUGAAAUUAUACGUUUUUUUCUACUUAAAUGCUUUAUUUAAAAAAUGGUACCGUCUGGAUAACUUGAACUUUCAGAAAAAUUGCUGCACGUAAAAAUCGGAGCAAGUUUAAUAGGAAAAAACGUAUCCACAGACAAGGAAAAAAAAACUUUAUAAAAACAAUAGCUCCUUCGCUACGCUCAGAAUCUAAAAUCAGUUUGUCAAGUUUUACUAGUAAAAUAUAUUGACAUUUACCUAGCAAUAUUGAUAGAUGUCGGUAAUACCGAUUUUGUUUUCUUUAAACAUAAUCUUGGAAUUACGGAAGUAGUAUCACAAUCAUAAUUUAUUACUAUGUAUUACUAUAAUAAUAGGCAUCAUGAACAUAUUAUAUACUAUAGGUAUACUGAGACUAACUUAUAACUACUAGAGUGCCUUGAUAGAAACAUCAUCAAGGCACCCUAGUAACUACUAACUAGUAAGUACCUAUAAAAUAUUAGGUGCCUAUUGUACAAGUUAAUAAUUUUGAUAAAAUUAAAUAAUUAGUUUCAUUCAUCAGUUUUUAUGCAUUUUGAAUUGCGACAUCAUCUUUGUCGAACAGAUUUAAAUCAUUUAACCUAAAAUAAUUCAGCAAGCUGUGGACUAAUACAAAUUAAGAUAUAAAUUUCGUGCCUAAUACCCAGUGUCGGGUUUGUUGAAAUAAUGAUAACAAAUGUUAAUCAACAUUAUUAAUUUAUUUUUUUUUGAGGUUACACCAAUACAAUGUUUAUUUAUUUUAUCUGUGAACAACUGUUCUACUAUAAAUCAAUAAAUCAAGUUCGGAUUUUCGAGUGUAGUACCUUUACUAAAAUUAAAUUUUAUCUGGGGGGUAUUUUAAAUCGGUUUUCAUUAUAAUUGGGAAAAAGAGAAAAUAUACAAAAUAAAUUAUUUGUAAUUUUGUUUUUUGAUGCUAUUCAGUUUGAAAUAUUCAUAGUCUUGAAGUACAGUGUUACUUCGAUUAUCCGUCAGGCAUCGAACUAAAGCCUUGACGAAUAAUCAAAUAAACGGUUAACCGGAUGUAUGGAAAUUUUGAAAAUUGUCUAACGAUGAUACAUAAACGACUUGACUCGGCUACCAGAAUCAAACUGAGAUGUAAGAGAAUGAAUUUGUCAAUUUAUUGUCACACAUGAUCGAAUUCUAUUUUUAGCAUUACGGAAAUUUUUAAUAACGAUAAAUAUUUAAAUUUGAGUAUGACAGUGAAUCAGAAGACAAUUAACAGAGUGACGUUUAAGCAAAGUUCGACUGCUAUAUGAACAUAAAACUUAUACUUGCCUACUUCUAUACAUGUUCAAAUUUCAAAACAUUUGAGCCUGUUUUGAGCUAUUUAUAGACAUUUUAAUUUUAUGAAUGUUUUACAUAAUUUUUAUUCAGUAGGUACUCCUGUGGAUAAAAUUCUUCUACUAAACGGAAAUGCUUGACAAUUUAACAGGAGGCUCAUUACAAGUUGUACUUAGUGGUCAACAAAAAAAAUUUGAGUUUAAAGUAGUAUUUUUUUUUUUUAUAAGAAUUAUAAUAUCAAAUAUCCUACCUUCCCAAAUUCUUGCCUACAACAGUAGCCUACAAAGUAUUUACAUUUAUUUUUUUUUCUACACAAUCUGUAGUUUUUUAAACAAGUCAAUUGUAUUUAAUGGUUAAUUGAUUGUUUACAUUCACCAGGUGACUGCCAGCAUUUGCCAAUUUUGGAAAUUCACAGUAACAUAAUAUAUAUAAUUAUAUUAAUAUUUAGAGUUACAGGAUUGACUGAAGAAUUACAAGCGACUAAACGAAUGUACGAAUAUUGUGUUCAAACAGAACAAACUUUAAAGAAAGAAAAACAAAAAGCUAUAGAAGAAAUUUGGGCAGUUAAGGCAACUAAUAGCAUUGAAAUGGAAAAUUUACUAAAAAUUCAAGUAUUUACCUACAUAAUAUUUAAAAAAUAUCUAUAGUAAUUUCUUAUUAUGCAUUUAUAAUUUAAACAUUUAUAUCUUUAACUCCUGAAUUACAUAUUAUUUUAUUUAUUUUCCUAAAAUUUUAUUAUCUUUAUAUGUCCUUUUAUAGGAACAGCAAAAAAAUGAAUUAAACAAAUUGUAUGAUAAAAUGAAAAAUUUAAUUGACAUUAGUGAAUAUAAAGUAUUGAAACAGGAUUUUGAAACUUUAACUGCUAAACACAGAGAAAUUUUACAUUUAGUUUUAUUUAAGGUAUUUACUAUCUGAAAAUUAAAAAUAUUAAUUAUUAUUUUGUUUUUCAUUGUUAUAUUUAUCAAUAUUAUUUAAAAAAUUUUAAUUUAAAAUUCUAUUUUAUAAAAUACUUACUAAAAUGUUUAUAAAUAUUUUAAGUAUUUUAAGAUGUAUAUAUACAGCCAAAUUGUAGCCAAAAGAACAUUUCUGGAUGAGACACUACAUUUUUUUUAUCUAGUUUUUCAAGCUAGACUACUUAUUACCUGUUGUUUUAUGAUUCCCUUAUUCCCUUAUCACUUAUUAUUUAUACCCACUUAAUUUUACAAUGUUUAGUUAAAACAAAUUUUGUAGCCUUGUAGAAAAAUACACAAAUCACUAAUUCCAAAAAGAUUUCAGGGGGGAGGCAGAUGCUCCCAGUACUCCUGGCCAUGGCACUGUAUAUAAUCCCUUUGCUCACAAAUUUCUUUUUGAUUAUUUACAUACACGUGAACUUAUAAUAUUUUUAACAAUACAUUCCUAUCAUAGGGUAAUAGUUUAAAUCUGUAAAAGUUAAAAUAUUUAAUAUUUACAUUUUUAAAUAAUUUAUCCUUAUAGGAAGAUACAUUAAAAUUAUUAACAGAAAGUUUAAUGACUGAAGUAACUAUCUUAAAAGAUCAAAGACUUAAUUUUGUGAUUGGGGUAGAUAAGUUUUAUGGAACUGAUGAUGAACUGGCAUCAGUAAAAGCUGACAAUAUUGUUUGUAAACAAAGGGCAGAACAUUCUGAAAAAAUGUACUCGCUUUUAAAAGGUAAUGUAUUCAAAUUAUUUUACAAAACGAAAUACUUUUAAUUUUAAUUCUUUCUUAUAAAAUAAUUUACAUUUUUAAGAUCAAAUGAAAGAAAUGGAAACUAGGUGUAAAAGUCUAGAGCAAAAUAUUUGUGAUAUGUUCGAAGCUAAUUUGCAAUGUCAAACUGAAGAAGUUCGUUUACGCGAAACUACAGUUAAUAUGGUAGAUGAAUUAGAAUACGUUAAAAUGGCUAAUAGAUUAAAUGAUGCACAAAAUAAUUUAGUAAGUAAUUUUUUUUUAUUCUGAUGUGAUGAGUUAUAAAUUAUUCUUCUUAUUUAUAGUUAUUAGUUUAUUAAGUAUCUAUUAAAACCUUUACAUAUAAACUUGGCAGUUACUCAUGCAAUUAAAUGUACCUAACAUAUAGAAUAGAACAUAUAAAAAUAAAAUAAUAUGAAAGAAAAAUUAACUAGUAUUUCCAUUUAUUGUAACAUAUAUUAUAAACCAAAUUAAAUGUAUGGUGAUAGGAAGAAGCUAAUGGAGAAAGGACUAGAUUACUAAGAGUAUUAGAAAUAGCCCAAAAUCAAGUACGUGAUCUUGAACAACAUCACAAACGACAAGAUCACCAAUAUGAUGUAAUGCAAAGACGUAUCAUACAAUUACAAUCAUUGAGUGAUGAAAAAGCAACAAUUGGUUAAGUUUUAAAAAAAUUUUAAAUUAAUUUAUAAUUUAUCUAUUGAUUAUUUUAAUUUAACAUUUACAGACAAAUUAAUGCGCGAAAUUGCAAAUCACGAAGUUAAUCAAAUGGCAACCUCUGUUGAAGAAAUGAGACUUAAAACACUAAUACAAGAUCAACAAACUAUUAUUGCUGGUUUAGAAUGUAAAAAUAAUAAAAUUGUAGAACAACAUGAUUUAAUUACUGAACGUUAUAAAACAAAAAUUAUGUAUGCAAAUUCAUAAAUAAAUAAACGUAUUUAAGAUAAAUAUGAAAAUAUUUUUUUAGGCGGUUAGAAAAAAUGAUUUUUGAAUUACAAAGACGCUAUCAUGGAUCCAUAUCUUUGGUAACUGAACAAAUUUGGGUUCAACACAAACAAAAACUCGAAGAAGCUUUAUGUAUAACUUAUAGAAAAUGGAUUUCUGAUGAGACGAAAAAUGUUGAGGAAAUAGUCUAUAUUCCAACAAAGGCUACUGAAGAUUUCCGUUCAAAAUACACACAAUUGCAAUUAAAAGUGAUUUUAAUUAUAUAAAGUGCCAUAUGAAGAUAUACACUUUGUGAUAUCGCAGAAAGUAUAACUUUUUUUAUGCAAUUUUUUAAAAAUUUAAGAAAUUAGCUCGUAAAUUAAAUAUUUCAACACCAAGAUGUAUUUAAACUAAUAUUUGAUCUAUUUAUAGUAUUUUUAAUUAUGACAGCCAUUUAAAAAUCAAUGGUAAGUAAGUUUAUCCCCCAAAAAAUAAGGGGGAUGAAAAAUAAUGAAAAUGUAACAUUUUAGCUUAUUUCUCAAAUUGUCAAUAAAAAUUCUGAAAAAAGUUAAUUCUUUCCAAGAUAUGGGUAUAACUUUGUUGGACACCCUAUAUUAUACAACUUCCUGAUUAAAUAAUACAAGUUAAUUUAUUGAUUUAUAAUUCGAAAUUUCUUUAGGAACUAAAAAUUCAAUUAGCCUAUGAUGAUUUACAAAAAAAAAAUCAACUUUUUAUGGAACGUAUUGAAAAACAGGAUUGUUUUAUCGAUAGCCUUGAGAAGGAAAUUGUCCGAAUAGAUUUAGAUUGUAUGCAUAACUACUUACUUUGGGGAAUUCAGGAUUUUUGUAGUAAUGAUAUAAAAUCACAACCAAAAAAACUGGAUAAACAAAUAAGUGUACAAUCUGAGAAUAAUUUUAGAACUUUAGAAGGACUUGAAGAUCUUAAUAGACAGUUAAAAAUAGUAAGCAGCAUUUUUAUAUAUUAAUUUAGAUCUAAUAUAAUUCUGAUAAACAAUGAAUAACUAUAAUACACAGACAAAUAACAAUAUUCUUACUGAAAAAGAAAAUAAUGAUAAAAUAAUCAAAAAACAACAAAUGAUCUUGAAAGAACUAGAAGACGCUAAAGUUCGUUUAGAAAAAGGAAUAAUUGAAAAGGAUGACCAUAUUCGAAAAUUAGCCAUUGAAUUAGCAACAAAUGAAACUCCUGAAGAUGACACUCAAAAUCCUGCUUUAUUAGCUACAAUAGAAAGUUUGGAAACUAUUAUUAGUAAAAAAGAAGAGACUAUAAAUAGACUUCAAGAGUUAUUAAAAGAAUGUCGAGAAGAACAUACAAAAGAAAUAAUAGAAUUACAAAAAAAAGCUGAAGCCCAAAAUAUUGAAGAAAAUAAAGAAAAGUAAGUUUUUUUAUAAAUUAAGAAAUCAUUAUAAGAUGAUUAAUAAAUUUAUUUUAUUUAUUUAUUUAUUUAUUGUAAUUCAUAAGUAAUAAUUUUAAAACAAUUUUUAACUUUUAUAGAACUCAAAAAAAUAUUUCAUCACCUAUUCACUCAGAAAACAUUAAAUCAGUUGUAAAUCAAUAUAUGCUACGGAUAACUGACCUUGAAGACAGGCUUAAGCAAGCCGAUGAUGAACUCAAACAAACUUAUUCUGAAAAAGAACAUUGGAGUGGUGUAGCUGAAAGAAGACUGAAAGAAAUGGAACAAAUGAAAUCUGAAGAUGACUCGAAGGAAAAAGAUAGAGAAAUUAUUAGACUAAAUGAAAUAAUAAUAGGAUUUCAAAAUCGAAGAGAUACAUUACCAGCUCAAAGAAACCGACUACGAGUCGAAGUAGAUAAAAUGAAAAAGAAAUUAAACGAAUAUGAAAGACGUGAAAAAGAAGAUAAAUCUGAAAUUCAAAAGUUAAGACAGCAAUUAAUUUAUAGGUAUUUAAUGUAAAGAAAAUGUGUUAUUUUGGUUUGUAAAUAAUAUAAUAUAUCUAUUUAGACCUCCUACUGGAGGAAAGCGAGACGAAGCAAUGACAGUUGUUAAAGAAGAAGUACUAUCUAAAAAAAUUAAAACAUUAGAAAUACAAUUGGAUGAGUAUAAAAAAAAAGAUGAACAAAACAAAUUAUUACGGAAACUAAAGGUAAGUUAUUAUUAGUUAUUACUACACAAUAAUUAUAUUUCAUAAUUUUUUUUAGUCAGAUGAAAAAGUUGGUAAGUGGGAGAUGAACAAACGACGCCAAGUAACCAAUGAAAAACUUCAAAAUCAAUUAGUAGAAAUUAAUAGGGAGUGUGAUUCACUUCGCUUGAACAACCAACGACUAAGAGAUAAUUUAAUAAGAAUGGAAAAGGAAAGAAAUGUUUUAGAGUUAAAACUUAAAUCAGCUAAUGGUAAAAAUAUCAGAUUGUAGUUCUUGUUUAAAAUUAUUAUGGUUAUUUUUAUUAUUAGUUAUAGUGCAAUCAAGUGUACUGUCAAAUAGUUUAGUCAAUGAAUUAACAUUAGAAAAAGAUAGACUAUCCAAAGAAUUAUAUACAUUGCGUGCUGCUAAAGAAAUGAUUUCAGGUGGUUCAUCACUAGCUGAAGUGGUGGUUGAACUGCGUCGUAAAAUAUCAACUUUGGAAUUAUUACAAAAAGUAAGUACCUAAAAUGAAAAUCAAAUGAUAUUAAAAUUAAAGUUUAAAUAACUAUAUGUAUGGUAUUAUUUAGGGUGGAAGUAAUGCUUUAGUUAAAGAAGUGGAAAUAUUAAAAGAUAGUAAACAUAGAUUAAUUAAAAUUAAAGAUGAUCUUGAAGAAGAAAAUGCUCAAUUACGAAAAACUAUUGAUCGUUUACAAUCUACAGAUUUGUAAGAUUUUUGAAUGGCUAGUUAUUUUGUUAAAUAAGUACUAAUAAUUAAGUUGAAAAAUGCAUUAAUGUUUAGAAGUGGUUUAUCCAGUUUAAGUUCAGAUUCAGAUUAUCCUGGCAUAAAUAAAAAACGUACAGAAAAAUUAGAAAGAUUAGUAAUAAUGUUAAGAACUGCCAUAGAGAAAUUAAAAGAAGAAAAUAAAAACUUGUCGCUUGAACGUACUGUUACUAACACUGAUGAUAAGGUUAGUUUACAAUCAUUGUUUUAUUUAUAAAAUUAGGUUUAAAUUUACAAAACACGGACAUACUCUACACGUGGGUGAGCCACUGUUAUAGGUGGGUAGUUAGGAAGGUAGUAGAAGGGAUAUUUAAUGUAUAUCCAUACGCAACUAUUAACCAUUGCUAACGAAAAAACGAUUCUGAGCAGAAUUUAAUUGAUAGUAUUGCUUUAUAAACAAUAUAAUGUAUAUCAUCUAUGGUAAAAUAAUUACAUAUGCAUUAUAUAUUUUCUAUAAUAACAUUUGUUUAAUAUUGUACCUAUUUUCCUCAUUUAUUGGGAAAACAAAAAAUGACCUUCCUAAAGUACCUUCCCAGUCAGAUUCCUUUUUAGAAAAACUGCUUUAUUGUAAAUCGGAGCGAAAUUGUUGGUAGAGUUGUCCACAAAAAAAAUAAUAAUAAUAAUAAACGUCAUUAUUAAACCAAUACAUUCCUAGCUCCACUCGGAAUCUAAAAUGUAUACCUAUAAUCUAUAUAAAGGGAUCAAUCCUUGAUAAAACACUCAUAGAAAAGUAUAAAUUAUUCUUCAAAUUUUUUAAUUCUAAUUUAAGAAACAAGUAGGUCUGAAGUGUUUCAUUUUCUUCAUUUUGUAUCACUUUUAUUUCAAGCGCUAUAACCACCACUCAUCUGAUCAUCAAAUAGCAACUUAUAUUAAAAUUAUAUAAAUAGAUAAUGUUGAAAUUUAAAUAAAUUUUUUUGUUGAUAUUUUUUAUUUGUUAAUUUUUAUUUGUUGAGAUUAUACUUGUAAAUUUGCCAUUUUAUAGAUAGAGGCAGAGUAGUUUAAAUGCUGACACAUGACACUUUAGUAACUACUUUACUAUUAUUCUUGUUCUACCCCAAACUUAAAAGUAAAAUAUCUCAAAAACGAGUUAGUGGAAAUUAAAAGUUUCAGUACCAAAAUGUAUCUAAACAAAAACUUCAUCUGUUUAUGAAGGUAUUCAAUUAUUAUAAAGGUUGCUAUUUUAAAAUCAAAAUUGGGUAGUAAUUUCAUUACCACAAAUAACGGAAGUGUAAUAUUUUAGAGUUGCUUGUUUCAUAAACUGUCCAAAAAAACAAUAUCUGAACAAAUUUAAUACUUUCCAAGAUAAUGAGUAGUUUUAUUGAGGAUUGAUUACCUGUAUACACCUCCAUUCCUCAAAAAUUCUUAAAUAUCUAUAAUUUAUUUAUAAGUUAUAACUUUUAACCACAAUUUAAUUAUAAAUUUAAUAUCAAUUUAUCAGCUUAUAAAAAAUAUCAAGUAUUUUGAAUACUAAAAUUACUAAAUGGAUUAUUUAAAUACAAAAUUAUUACUUUUUUUAAUGUUUUUUAUUUUUGUACUAUUUAAUUAUUAUUAUUUUUGCAAUUAAACAAUUCAAAGAUUAUUAUAUUCCUUAAUGUAAAUAUAUAUUGAUUUUAAACUGUUUAACUUGUCAUAGAGUUAUGUCGAAAAAUUGCAAAGCGAACUUCAGACUACACAGGGCUUUUAUUUAGAUUCUACUGAAAAAUGCUCUCAACUGGAACAACAAUUAUGUGACUAUCGUUCACAGUAUGAAGCUGUUUUGACAGAAAAUGAGCAAUUGAAGAAUCAGGUUGAAAAAAAAUGUUAUUUAUUGGCAAAAACAAAAAAGAUGUUAGAAAAAGCAGCCGCCAGAGAACAACUUAUAAUUGAACCAAAUAGACAAAGUUUUAUAAAUACGUAA